CAUAGUGCCGCUGUAACAUGAGACUGAAUGCUCUGCCGUCUGUAACGGAGUCGUCGCCUUGGGUCGUCUCCGCCUAAAAACCUCAGUGCCUGAGGUGCCCACAGAGCACGUAGCCCAGAGCCGAAACCUCCACCUUCUGAUCUCCAUCCUCGCUUCUUGCAUUCGGUAAUGGUGGAUCAACCUUGAACUCGCUCCAUCUCUUGCAGACACUGACUGGAAUAUCUUUCUGGCCGAGCAUGGGGACCCUUUAUAGAUCUGGAUUUCGGAUUCUGAUUGUUCUGGCUUGUUUCGGACUGUUAGGGAUCGGCCCUGCCUUUUCUGACACUCGAAGGCCCAAGAACGUGCAAGUUGCUCUUCGGGCUAAGUGGUCGGGAACCCCAUUGCUUGUAGAAGCAGGUGAAUUAUUAUCUAAAGAACAGAAAGACCUUUUUUGGGACUUCAUUGAGGUUUGGUUACAUGCUGAGAAGGAUGCUGUUGAUUCUCAAACGGCUAAAGAUUGUCUCAAGAAAAUUUUAGAAUAUGGAAAGCCUCUUUUAAGUGCACCAUUGGCAUCACUGUUUGAGUUCUCGCUUUUGCUGAGAUCAGCAUCUCCACGGUUGGUGCUUUACCAGCAAUUAGCAGAUGAGUCUCUUUCUUCUUUUCCCCUGGGUGAUGAAAGUUACUCAAACAAUAACAAUGCGGAAAUCGGUGAAACAAUAAAGGACAAUGAAAGUACAAAGUCAGAUGUCCUACAUGAUGAUGUUAACCUGAAAAGUCCUGUGCGGAAAUGCUGUUGGGUGGAUACUGGUGCGCAUUUGUUUUUUGAUGUUUCGGAGCUAAACUUAUGGAUUCACAGACCAGUCGAACCGGUCAAUGAUUCAUUUCAGCAACCUGAAAUAUUUGAUUUUGAUCAUGUCCAUCUUGAUUCAAGCAUUGGAAGUCCUGUUGCUGUCCUCUAUGGUGCUCUUGGAACUAAUUGCUUUAAGGAGUUUCAUUUUGCUCUUGUUAAAGCAGCUAAAGAGGGAAAAGUUAAUUAUGUACUCAGACCGGUGUUGCCUGCGGGCUGUGAAGCAAAUUUUGGCCAUUGUGGUUCUGUUGGUGCAGGCCAAACCUUAAACCUGGGUGGUUACGGUGUGGAGCUUGCUCUAAAGAAUAUGGAAUAUAAAACCAUGGAUGACAGUACUGUAAAGAAAGGUGUGACUUUGGAGGAUCCCCGGACUGAAGAUCUUAGCCAAGAUGUCAGAGGAUUCAUAUUCUCUAAAAUUCUGGAGCGAAAACCUGACCUAACAUCUGAGAUAAUGGCAUUUAGGGAUUAUCUAUUAUCAUCAACUGUGUCAGACACUCUUGAUGUUUGGGAACUAAAGGAUUUGGGACAUCAAACAGCUCAGAGGAUAGUCAAGGCUUCUGAUCCUCUGCAGUCGAUGCAGGAAAUUAAUCAAAACUUCCCUAGCAUAGUUUCUUCUCUGUCUCGCAUGAAGCUUGAUGAUUCUGUUAAAGAUGAAAUAAUGGCAAACCAGCGCAUGAUUCCUCCUGGCAAGUCUUUAAUGGCUCUCAAUGGUGCUUUAGUCAAUGUCGAAGAUAUAGACCUUUAUCUGUUGACGGACUUGGUCCAUGAGGACCUGUUGUUGGCUGAUCAAUUCUUAAAAUUGAAGAUUCCUCAUAGCACUGUGCGGAAACUACUUUCAACUUUACCUCCUUCAGAGUCCAAUGCAUUCCGUGUUGACUUUCGUUCAUCACAUGCACAUUAUCUCAACAACUUGGAAGAAGAUGCCAAGUACAAAAGGUGGAGGAGUAAUUUAAAUGAGAUCUUGAUGCCAGUCUUUCCCGGGCAGCUGCGUUAUAUCCGUAAAAACCUUUUUCAUGCUGUUUAUGUGUUUGACCCGGCAACCACUUGUGGUCUUGAGUUGAUUGAUAUGAUCUUGUCAUUGUAUGAAAAUAAUUUGCCUAUGAGGUUUGGAAUUGUGCUGUAUUCUUCAAAGUACAUCACACAGAUGGAAAAUCAUUCUUCCAGGGGGAAUAGGAAUAACUUUGAGGAGGACAUAUCCACUAAGAUUAUAAGUCUAUUCAUCUAUAUCAAAGAGAACUAUGGCGUUCAAAUGGCUUUCCAAUUUUUGAGCAAUGUAAACAAAUUGCACAUUGAGUCAGAUGUCUCUGAAGAUGCCCUUGAAGUGCACCAUGUUGAAGGAGCAUUUGUCGAUACAAUUUUACCAAAGGCCAAAUCUCCACCUAAUGAGAUAUUACUAAAGCUGGAGAAGGAAGAAAAGUUGAAGGAGCUAUCACGAGAAAGCUCCAUGUUUGUCUUUAAGCUUGGUUUGUCUAAGUUACAAUGUUCUCUGUUGAUGAAUGGACUUGUUAUUGAACCAACUGAGGAGGCUCUUAUAAAUGCCUUGAACGAUGAGACUCCAAGAAUACAGGAGCAAGUGUAUUUUGGACAUAUAAAUUCUCACACUGAUGUGUUGGCUAAGUUCCUAUCAGAAGCUGGCAUUCAACGCUAUAAUCCACGGAUUAUUUCUGAUAGUAAACCAAGAUUCACAUCCCUUUCUAUGUUCAAUUUUGGAGAGGGAUCUUUGGCAAAUGACAUCAACUACUUGCAUUCACCUGGAACAAUUGAUGAUUUGAAGUCUGUUACUCAUCUUCUUGCUGUUGAUAUCACCUCAAGGAGUGGGAUGAAAUUGCUUCGCCAAGGCUUAUUUUACCUGACGGAAGGGUCUAAAAGUGCUCGAGUAGGUGUUCUCUUUAGUGCCAACCAGAGUGCUGAUUUGUCUAGCCUUCAUUUUGUUAAGGCUUUUGAAAUCACUGCAUCCUCAUAUAGCCAUAAGAAGAAUGUAUUGGAUUUCUUGGGUCAACUUUGCUCAUUCUAUGAGCAGAACUACAUCCUUGCAUCAGUUGUGGCAGCUGACAGCACUAAAGCAUUAAUUGAUAAGGUCUAUGAGCUUGCUGAGGCUAAUGGGUUACCAUCUAAGGGCUAUAGAUCUGCCCUUCAAGAAUUUUCUGCUGAUGAAGUGAGAAAACAUUUGAUUAAGGUGGGGACAUUUUUGUAUUGGGUACUUGGGCUGGAAUCGGGUGUCAAUGCUGUCAUCACUAAUGGAAGGGUUACUUAUCCUAUUGAUGAAAGUACAUUUCUAAGUGAUGAUUUGCAUCUUCUUGAAUCGGUGGAGUUUAAGCAGAGGACCAAACACAUUCUGGAAAUUAUUGAAGAAGUGAAAUGGCAGGAUAUUGACCCUGACUUGAUGACAAGCAGUAAAUUCAUUAGUGAUGUCAUCAUGAUCUUAUCGUCUUCAAUGGCUACAAGGAGUAGGAGUUCUGAAAAUGUUCGUUUUGAGAUAUUGCAAGAUCAACAUAGUGCCAUUAUUCUAAAUAAUGAAAAUUCGAGUGUUCAUAUUGAUGCUGUUCUUGAUCCGUUAAGCCCAACCAGCCAAAGGUUAUCUGGAAUUCUUCAAGUCCUGUGGAAAUACAUACAACCCAGCAUGAGGAUUGUAUUGAAUCCAUUGAGUUCCCUUGCUGAUCUUCCUUUGAAGAGUUACUACAGAUAUGUAGUUCCCACAAUGGAUGAUUUUAGCAAUGCUGACUCUGCAAUAAAUGGCCCUAAAGCAUUUUUUGCUAACAUGCCCUUGUCAAAGACUCUCACCAUGAAUCUUGAUGUUCCUGAGCCUUGGCUUGUUGAGCCCGUUAUUGCAGUCCAUGACCUGGACAACAUUUUGCUCGAGAACCUUGGUGACACAAGGACAUUGCAAGCUGUAUUUGAACUUGAAGCCCUUGUCCUUACCGGUCAUUGUUCUGAAAAGGAUCAUGAUCCUCCUCGAGGUCUUCAAUUGAUUCUUGGAACAAAGAGUACACCCCAUUUAGUUGAUACACUUGUGAUGGCCAAUCUUGGCUACUGGCAGAUGAAAGUUUCUCCUGGAGUUUGGUAUUUGCAGCUUGCUCCUGGUAGAAGCUCUGAGCUCUAUAUUGUAAAGGAAGAUGGCAAUGAAAGUCGGGGUAAACUGUCAUCAAAACUUGUUACAAUUGAUGAUUUACGGGGGAAAGUUGUUCAAAUGGAGGUAAUAAGGAAAAAGGGCAAGGAACUUGAGAAAUUGCUGGUUCCUGAUGACGAUAACAGUCUACAAGAUAAGAAGAAAGGAAGUAGCUGGAAUUCCAACUUAUUAAAAUGGGCAUCUGGUUUCAUGAGUAGCAGUGAACAAGCUAAAAAUACUGACAGCAGCCCACCAGAGAAAGGCAAGGGUGGACGGCGUGGAAAAACUAUCAAUAUAUUUUCCAUUGCUUCUGGGCACUUAUAUGAGCGCUUUCUGAAGAUUAUGAUUCUUAGUGUUCUAAAGAACACCAAUCGUCCCGUGAAAUUCUGGUUUAUAAAGAACUACCUCUCUCCUCCUUUUAAGGACGUUAUUCCCCACAUGGCUCGAGAAUAUGGGUUUGAAUAUGAACUAAUCACAUACAAAUGGCCUACAUGGUUGCAUAAGCAGAAAGAAAAGCAGAGGAUAAUUUGGGCAUAUAAAAUCUUAUUCCUUGAUGUCAUCUUUCCCCUUUCCUUGGAGAAGGUCAUAUUUGUCGAUGCCGAUCAAAUUGUGAGGGCAGACAUGGGAGAACUCUAUGACAUGGAUUUGAAAGGAAGGCCUCUGGCAUAUACUCCUUUUUGUGAUAAUAAUAAGGAAAUGGAUGGCUAUCGAUUUUGGAGACAAGGUUUCUGGAAGGAUCAUUUGCGGGGAAAACCAUACCAUAUUAGUGCUUUGUAUGUUGUCGAUCUGAAGAAGUUCCGAGAGACUGCUGCUGGAGAUAAUCUUAGAGUUUUCUAUGAAACCCUCAGCAAGGAUCCCAAUAGUCUAGCCAACCUGGAUCAGGAUCUUCCCAAUUAUGCUCAGCAUAACGUGCCCAUCUUUUCUUUGCCUCAAGAAUGGCUUUGGUGUGAGUCAUGGUGUGGUAAUGCUACAAAAUCAAAGGCGAAAACGAUUGAUCUUUGCAACAAUCCCAUGACAAAAGAACCCAAACUUAAGGGUGCUCGGCGAAUAGUAGCUGAGUGGCCGGACCUCGAUGCAGAGGCAAGAAGAUUUACUGCCAAAAUCUUUGGGGAGGAUCAAGAACCUGUGCAAGCCCCGAACCAAUCAAAGGAUUCAACUAAUGAAGAUUUGGUCAAGGAUGACUUGGAAUCCAAAGCUGAGCUGUAGACAUGACAGCUCAGCUCUGGGUUCUAACUAGUGAAGAUUUUUAUGAAAGUCAAGUUUUUGUAGCAUCAUUAGGAGUUCCCAACAAAUGGCGUGGCAGAAUUAUAGCAGUAUUAGCCCAUUUUCCACAUGCAAGUAAGGCAAUGACUGUGAUGAAGAUAGAAGUCACAGAGAAGAUGCAGGUAAAUUGUAAGUGGAUGAGUUUAGCUGGAAUUCGAAAUGCCAAAUUUAUAUGACAUUUAUAAUUUAACUUUCACUUUUACAAGCUGUCUGCUUUGAGCAUCUCAUCAUUUGCUGGGCACUCCUAUCUCUGUCCUGUGUGGGAUGUUGCAAGCUUCCACUUUCAUUUAAGGGACAUUAGUGUUGAGCAAUAGAGUUAGUCUGGAUUUUGUGGAUGAGAGACUUGGAGCAAACGAGGAACUAUGAAGUUAUUUAAUUCUGAGGCUUCGAAAACUGAGUUUUAAGCAGUAAAUUAUCUGUAAUGUUGAUGAUCUCUCUUAAAUUUUAAUAAGAUUAGCUAGUUUUUAAA